AAAUGUUGCAUUUAUAAACUAAUCCGAAAAGCCAAAUUCAGCUCUGAAAGGGUCCAAAAUCACACACCUAUUGUUGGUAUUUCGAAUGUUCAAUAAUAAUCGUUUUCGUUACAUGUCUUUUAUGUCGGUCAAAAACUAUAUAUGCAAAAUGUAGCUUAUGUUAAACUGACUGUUAUUUAAUUGAAUAUUGUUUGAUUUAAAAACUUUACUUGACAUGAGGUACAAGUUUGAUACGUAAAUUUACAUAUGAUAUCACACUUAUCAACAUUUAUAUAAAUGAAGUUGAAAAACAUUCCCAUCGCAAAAGAAAGAUUUAAAUUAAAUUUUGACUUUUAUAUCAUGCUUUUUCUCAAAGGGACCUGGCACAGAGUUGGGAUAGUGUAAAAAAAGUAAUUCCAGAAAAAAAUGUAUAUAUAGUUUAUAUAUAAUAUAUAGACUAUAUAAACUGUAUAUAUUUUUUUCUAAAAUCACUUUUUACACUAUCCCAACACUGUGUCGGGUUCCCUUUCUUUGUCUCAAGAGACCGUUUCAUUAAAGGACCGUUUUGGGUGUUUCCCUUGCGCGGUCGCUUAAUGCACGUUUGACUCUAUGAUGUAUCUCUCACUUUAACACAAAUUAAAGUAGCCAUCACAACUUUCUGUAGCCAAUACCACUUGGUGUAGCCAACACAACUUUCGGUAAACUUUGUUUAGCCAUCACAACUUUCUGCAACCAGCACAACUUAGUGUAGCCAACACAACAAUAAGCGCUACGUAAGUACGUUUGUCCACUAUCGCAAAAUUCUAGAAAUAACUUGUUCAAGACAACUUUACUUGCUACAACGCCAUGAUAAUAAAUUGGCUCCGUUGCUUUCUUUUCUUCAAUAACACCGAGAUGUUUUGAAUCACCAUCUACUUGACAUUAAGAUAUUUAACUUCAGACAUUUAGCUCAAGGAUGUAGAAUAUUUGUAAAGAUAUUCUGUAAAAGCUGGUGCCGUUUGUUGAUCCUGCAUAUAUGGUCACUUUUAAGUACUCAAUCAACUUUCGGCAUUUCGGUCUUCCUCCAACAUUAAAGCUGGAAAGUCGCCAUAUGACCUAUAUUGUGUUGGCGCAACGUUAAUAUUAUAGCAUGUCAUACAUUCAGUUUGAUCUAUGAAUACCACAGAUUAUCAAAUAUCAUUUAGAGUUAACGACAAUUUAUACAAAAACGUAUCGAUCUACUUGACAUAUUUCUGUACUAAAUUAUGAAUGUUUAAUUGAUUAAUUGCUUUAUCAAAAUAUCUCAUUUGAAAUGUAUUUAAACAAUGACCUCUACUUAUAAAUUUUUAUUAAAUCAAAUAGGGUAGCAGAUAAGAUAGAUUAUUCAUGUACAUGAAGUUACAAUCUUUAAAUAGACAAACCAGGAAGUAUAAUAUGCUUUAUAUUUCAUAGAAGUACUAACAAAAAUGUCCGAAAAAAUGGUUAUGUAAAUUCUGGCGAUUGUAAUGAAGGGAAUAUAUACAUAUUGCUGCAUCAAUCGUUAGCUGCCUAGAUCAAAAAUACAAAAGGUUGACGAUGUCGGGUGCAAAAGGUAGUACAAAGGGAGGACCAAGCAGUAAGGGAGAUAAAUUGGUCGUUGCAGCUAUUGACUUUGGUACGACUUACUCUGGAUAUGCAUUCUCUUUAAAACACGAGUAUAUUAAAGACCCUACAAAAGUUUAUGCUCAGACAAAAUGGAUCGCUGGUACAGGAUCCUUGAUGUCAUUUAAAACACCGACAAUUCUUCUCCUAAACAAAGACAAGACAUUCAAAGCUUUUGGGUAUGAAGCAGAAACCGAGUAUGGUGAACUAGCGAUUAAUGGGGAACACAAGGAUUACUAUUAUUUCAGACGCUUUAAGAUGAUGCUAUGUAAUUCAAUGGGAUUAAAGCGAGAUAUAGAAAUAACAGACGAAUUUGGUCAUAAGAUGAAGGCUCUAGAGGUGUUCGGUAUAGCUAUCAAAUACUUGAAAGAUCACCUUAUGGGAUGUCUACGUAACAUAUUACAUGAUAUAGAUGAUAAUGACUUACGAUGGGUGUUAACAGUCCCUGCCAUAUGGAAUGACGGCUCUAAACAGUUCAUGAGAGAGGCAGCAGAAAUUGCUGGAAUAAAGACAGAAAAUCUGAUUAUCGCCCUUGAACCGGAAGCAGCCUCGUUAUUUUGUAUGCAUCUUCCGGUUGACAAAAUGUCAAUUGAGGGGAACAUGUCCGGUUCCAUGCGUGUAUCUCCGUUUUCUAAAGGUAGAAAAUACAUGGUGGUUGACGUUGGAGGCGGAACAGUUGAUAUAACUCUACAUGAAGUCGUUGAUUCGGACAAACUCAAAGAAUUACAUUCAGCGAAUGGUGGCGCGUGGGGAGGCACGACAGUCGAUGCUGCUUAUGAAAACUUUCUCGCGAAAAUAACAGGAGAAAAAACUUAUAAGCGAUUCAAAACAGAAGCUGCAGAAGAUCACAUCGAUCUGCUCCGAGAGUUUGAAACUAAAAAAAGAGGAGUAGUAGCUGGAAAAACUGGAAAAGAGACCAUAAAAAUCCCAGUUCGCUUGGCAGACUUGUAUAAAGAAGACACAGGCAAACUGUUUAAAGAUAGAAUAAGUGAGAUACCAGACUUUAAAGAUAAAGUUAAAUGGUUGAGUGAUAAAAUUCGAAUUGAUAUGGGAAUUGUAAAGUCGUGGUACGACGAAUCGUGUAAAAAUACUGUAAAACAUAUCAAGACGAUAUUUCAGGAUACGAAAAGUCAGGGAGUUGAUACAAUCUUACUCGUCGGCGGUUUUUCUGAAUCACCAAUGCUACAAGAAGCUAUAAGAUCAAGUUUUCAAGACAAAAGAUUAAUCAUACCUGAAGAAGCUGGUUUGGUGGUUUUAAAGGGAGCUGUGAUAUUUGGACAUAACCCAAUUACCAUAGUGUCACGUGUUGCAAAAUGUGCGUAUGGCAUCCGAGUAUAUCGUGAUUUUAAAGCUGGUGUACAUCCGGAAAACAAAAAGGUUCAAGUUGGAAAACGUGUUAAAUGCAAGGAUGUGUUUGCUUGUCAUGUAAAGAAAGGUCAAGAACUGGUUGUUGGUGAGGUGCAAUCAAAACAACGAUACACGCCACUAGAAGCAGAUCAAAUGACAUUGAUCUUUGAUUUAUACACAUCUACAAAGGAAGAUCCUCAAUACGUCACGGAUGCAGACUGCUCUUAUUUAGGUCAGCUGGAAGUUGAAGUUCCGGAUCUUUCUGGCGGGAAAGAUCGAGGUGUCUUUGUGAAACUGAUUUUUGGCGGAACGGAAGUCGUUGUUGAGGGAGAGGAUGAAAAAACGAAAAAGGUUACAAAGGCAACCUUUGAUUUUUUGCAGUAGCUGUCUCGAUAUUGUAGGAUAUUGCUGCAAAUUGUUUGUUACUUUGUGUUGUUUGUUUACGUGACAUAUUGUGCACUCAACAUUCUGUCUGCAAUUGUAAGUUAAUACUUUUUCCUUCGAGCAUUAUCUUAACAUUACGAACUGUGACAAUCGUUGAAAUAAUGUUAUAUUAAGGAAAACGAACACGUUAAUUUGAAUAAAAACAAAAAUGCAUUAUGUAGGGUGCAUCCAUCUCUUGGUAGGAUUGUCGCCGACGGUUCCUGUGCCGCUAAAGUCACUUGCCGGUACCUUGACCAAAGCACAUUUUCAACAUUGUUUGAUUUGAAUACGUGUGAGAGAGGGGUGUGAUGGAGGUCUUUAAUACCUUAAUGUGUGAGUGUGCAGCCAUUCAAUUGCUAAAGGUGAGCGUCUUCCCAGAAAGAACGAUUGAUUAGUACUAUAGUAGCCUGGUGACCUGAAUCAUGCCCAAAUAUCUUGAAUGGACUUGCUCUUCUUUCAAUAUGGUCAAUAUGGACAAAUCCAUUUAUCAUUAAAAAAAAUAUCACAAUACACACUGACUGAAUAUCGAACAGUUCAGAUCAUGAUCAGACAGCACGGAUGUACCUCUGCACUUGCCGUUUCCGGAAGUGAAACAAAUUCUGAGCAUGCGCAUAUACGGAACUCGUAAAAAGUAGCAACUUAGCUAGUUAUGGGAAAUGACUUAUAUAUAUUAUGUAGAAUAUGACUAAGGGCUAACCUGUGUAUAUACGUAAAGAGGCGAAGAUGAUAGGACGAAUAGGUUUUAAUGAAACUCUAGAUUAUUAAACUUGAACUAGAUUGUAGUAAGGUAGAAAAUGAGAAAUUUCGUGAUGAAAGUCAAGAGAAUCGAUAACAUUUUGUGUAAAUAAAUAUCAAAGUUAUAAUGUACAAAUGUACUAUAUUGAUUUACAUACACAUAAAAUGUAAUUUUGCAUAGCUCAAAAAGCAGUG